CUCCUUAAUUUUUAAAACAUGCAUGUAAAUUUAAUUUCACUUAAACCAUAAUUAGCUAACCAGAAGAAUGGCUUUACCAUACACCCUUUCAUUGUGAUCAUCAAAAUUUCUUCACCACCAACAUGGGCAGCGCCGCCCCAUCUCCGCCGUGUGCUUUGCCAUGCACGCGGCGGAGCCAGGGAAGUGGAGUCUUGAUAGUUGGAAAAGCAAGAAGGCAUUGCAACUUCCUGAGUAUCGGGAUAAGAAAGAGGUAGAAUCUGUGCUGCAAACACUUGAAAUGAAUCCACCAUUUGUGUUUGCUGGUGAUGCAAGGAGUUUGGAAAAGAAGAUUGGUGAAGCUGCAUUGGGUAAAGCUUUUUUGUUGCAAGGUGGUGAUUGUGCUGAGAGUUUUAAGGAGUUUAAUGCGAAUAAUUUUCGUGAUACUUUUAGGAUUAUACUUCAGAUGAGUGUUGUUCUUAUGUUUGGUGGUGAAGUUCCUGUCACUAAGGUUGGAAGAAUGGCGGGUCAGUUUGCAAAACCAAGAUCAGAUCCGUUUGAGGAGAUAAACGGAGUGAAGUUACCAAGUUACAAGGGCGACAAUAUCAAUGGUGAUACAUUUGAUGAGAAGUCGAGAACCCCAGACCCUUAUAGGCUUAUUAGGGCCUACAUGCAAUCUGCCGCGACUCUUAACCUUCUUAGAGCUAUUGCUACUGGAGGUUAUGCUGCAAUGCAGAGGGUCAGUGAAUGGAAUCUUGAUUUUGUGGAGAACAGUGAGCAGGGCGAUAGGUAUCAAGAGCUAGCUCACAGGGUUGAUGAGGCCUUAGGAUUCAUGACUGCUGCUGGACUCACAGUCGACCACCCAAUCAUGUCAAUGAUUGAAUUCUGGACAUCCCACGAGUGCUUGCUUCUUCCUUAUGAACAAGCACUUACACGAGAGGAUUCAACUUCUGGUCUUUUCUAUGAUUGUUCGGCUCACAUGAUUUGGGUUGGGGAACGAACCAGGCAACUAGAUGGUGCUCAUGUCGAGUUUUUGAGAGGAGCAGCAAAUCCGCUUGGCAUAAAGGUGAGCCAAAAGAUGGAUCCAAGUGAGCUAAUUAAGCUCAUUGACAUCCUGAACCCAACCAAUAAGCCUGGAAGAAUAACUGUAAUCGCGAGAAUGGGUGCUGAGAACAUGAGAGAGAAACUUCCGCACUUGGUCAGGGCAGUACGAGGAGCUGGUCAGAUUGUGGCGUGGGUCUGUGACCCAAUGCACGGGAACACCAUCAAGGCACCAUCUGGACUCAAAACUCGUGCUUUCGAUACAAUCCUGGCUGAAGUUCGAGCCUUCUUCGAUGUGCAUGAGCAAGAAGGGAGCCAUCCUGGUGGCAUACAUCUAGAAAUGACAGGGCAAAAUGUGACUGAAUGCAAUGGUGGAUCACGAAUAGUGACCUAUGACGAUUUGAGCUCUCGCUACCACACACAUUGUGACCCGAGAUUGAAUGCUUCUCAGUCGCUUGAACUUUCCUUCAUCAUAGCUGAACAACUAAGAAGGCGAAGAACAGCCACUCAACGCGUGUAGGCUAUUAGUCUGUUGUCUUGAAACUUUUGCUUUUGGCAUUUUGAGUAUUCAAAACUUAUGUGUAUGAGGCCUCUGGCCUUCUGAGUAUUCGAGAUUCACUCUACUAAUUCGGAUUCACGCUAUGUAUAAUCUAUAGGAAAAAAGCAUUUUGAUCACUAUUCUCACUACACAUUAGUUUAAGUAGUGUUAUUAGAAGUAAAUAACUUAGACUAUGAAGGGACUGAAUAAAUAAUAAGUGGUUUUGAUUGAUGUUGUGUAUGCACUUAACUAAUCGUUUUUGCUUAGAAACUUGUGAAAUAGAAAAUGUAGAAUUAUUACAACUUUG